CCGUGUUUCCGGGGUUUCCCCCCCCUCUGGAGGGGAGAGGUUACUGUCGGUCAUUGACACGCUGUCGUUCCGGAUUCAGUCUCCCAACAGCUUGUGGAGCGGAGAGACGUGACAACAAGCGAGCAGCUCAAUGCGGAAGGAACGCUGCUGAGGUGAAAUCUGGCGCCACGUUCUAAAUUGGAACGCUGAUACAUUCUCCGCGUAGCUGGAUACAAGCAGAUAUAUAAAAAGAAAGUAUUCUGUCUCGAUGCUGCAUUUCAGACCCCCUCAGCUGGCUGAAAGAGUUGGAGUAUAAUACUCGUAUCCUGCUGAUUGAAAUCCGUCCAGAAGGAAAGGAAUUCCAAAAGCUCUUCAAGUCUUUCUGAAGCUGGACCUGCUCAUCGGUGUAGACUUUAACUGUACCUUUUUCCUCUCUGUCUGUCAAACUCGUCCCUCUCCAACACUGCUCUAACCAAACUGCAGCUCCUUUGCCACUUUCUGGGAACCAAGCCACACUCAUCAACACCCAAAUAGUCAGUUGAGAGUGAGAGAGAACGCCAAGCAGAUCCUAGAAAGUACCUUGCCUUUGGUGUUUCCAGUAUCUAAAGAGGGGGGGACAAAAGUCCAAACAAUGAAGCUUAAACAAGAAGUGCAUUGCAUUUUCUUGCUUCCUAUCUACCUAUUGAUGUGGCUUUACACAACCCUCACCUUUAUCCCAUGGUAUUUCCUCUCUGACGCAAAGACGAAAAAGGCAAUGGCAAAACGAAUCAAGGCCAAACCCACGUCCGAGAAACCAGGCAGCCCAUUCCGUUCCGUGGACCACUUUGACUCCCUUGCCAAAAUGGACUUCCCUGGGCUGGACACACUCGACAAACUGUUUGAAGUGGCUGUGAAGAAGUUUCAGAAGCAGAACUGCUUGGGCACAAGAGAGUUGCUGAGCGAAGAAAAUGAGGUGCAGGCUAAUGGAAAAAUCUUUAAAAAGCUAAUCCUGGGGGAAUAUAAAUGGCUAAGCUACGAAGAGGUAAAUCAGCGUGUAAACUGCUUUGGCAGUGGCCUGUCUGCCUUGGGACUGAAGGCAAAGGAUAUGAUUGGCAUCUUCUGUGAAACCAGGGCUGAGUGGAUGAUUGUAGCACAGGCCUGCUUCAAGUACAAUUUUCCACUUGUAACAAUUUAUGCCACCCUUGGAGAAGAUGCUGUAGCUUAUGGGCUAAAUGAAUCGGAGGUAACACAUCUCAUUACUAGUGUGGAACUCCUUGAUACCAAGUUGAAGAAAGUGCUGCCAAAGCUUCAAAAGUUGAAGCAUAUCAUUUAUGUGGACAAGAAAGCCAUCAGUUCUUCAGAAUAUUCACAAGUUCUUCAAAUCCACAGUAUGGCUUCUGUGGAAGAACUUGGAGCCAAACCUGUGAACUCAAACAUAACUCCAUCCAGGCCUGUUCCAUCAGACUUGGCUGUGGUGAUGUAUACAAGUGGUUCUACAGGUCAUCCAAAAGGAGUGAUGAUGGUACACAGUAACCUGAUAGCGGGUAUGACUGGCCAGUGUCAGAGGAUACCCGAGCUGGGGCCCAAAGAUAUAUAUAUCGGAUAUCUACCGUUGGCUCAUGUGCUGGAGCUUACUGCAGAAAUUUCCUGUGUUGCUUAUGGCUGUCGAAUUGGUUAUUCCUCUCCCCAAACUCUAUCUGACCAGUCAACUAAAAUCAAAAAAGGCAGUAAAGGUGAUUGUUCUAUCCUGAAGCCAACACUGAUGGCAGCAGUUCCAGAAAUCAUGGACCGAAUCUAUAAAAACGUCAUGAGCAAGGUGCAGGAAAUGAACUAUUUACAGAGGACUUUAUUUAAAUUAGGUUAUGAUUAUAAAUUGGAACAAAUCAAGAAAGGUUAUGACGCACCCCUCUGCAGCAUGAUAUUAUUUAAAAGAGUGAAAGCCCUGUUGGGAGGAAAUAUUCGAAUGAUGCUGUCUGGAGGGGCUCCCCUUUCUCCGCAAACACAAAGGUUUAUGAAUGUGUGUUUCUGCUGUCCAAUAGGCCAAGGUUAUGGCCUGACUGAGACAUGUGGGGCUGGAACCAUCACUGAAGUACAGGACUACAGCACAGGCAGAGUUGGAGCCCCGCUGAUCUGUUGUGAAAUCAAGCUGAGAGAUUGGGAAGAAGGAGGAUACACUACUCGUGAUCAGCCCAAUCCAAGAGGAGAGAUUCUGAUUGGUGGACCAAAUGUGGCUAUGGGGUACUUCAAAAAUAAUAAAUCCAGCGAUGAUUUUUUUGAGGAUGACAGUGGUCAGCGUUGGUUUUGCACAGGAGAUGUUGGUGAAUUCCACCCAGAUGGCUGCUUACAGAUAAUUGAUCGCAAGAAAGAUUUAGUGAAACUACAAGCUGGAGAAUAUGUCUCUUUGGGCAAAGUUGAAUCUGCUUUAAAGAGCUGUUCCCUCAUUGAUAAUAUCUGUGCAUAUGCAAACAGUGAACAAUCUUACGUGAUUAGUUUUGUGGUACCCAAUCAGAAGAAGUUGACUGCCCUUGCGGAGCAGAAACAAGUUCAGGGAACGUGGGAGGAAAUUUGUAACGAUAGCAAGAUGGAAGCUGAAGUACUGCGGGAGAUCAAAGAAGCAUCAGCAUCCAGUAAACUAGAGAAGUUUGAAGUCCCUGUGAAGGUUCGUUUGAGCCCAGAGCCUUGGACUCCUGAGACUGGAUUGGUAACAGACGCCUUCAAGCUUAAGAGGAAAGAACUAAAGAACCACUACCUCAAUGACAUUGAGAGGAUGUAUGGAGGGAAAUAGAUUCUUCAAACCCCUGGAUAAUAUAUUUAUGGUGCAUACAGAAAGGUAGUGCAUCUAUAAAUUGAAAGGACAGUGAUUAAUUCUAAACAGAAAUUAAUGAACCCAAAUGGGCAGUGUUCCACCAAAAGGUUUUUUUCUCCAAUGUAUUCACUCUUACUUGAACAUUUAAAAAAAAACAAGCAAUUGGAAAUUUUCUUGAAGGUUGUAAGGUUCCACAUGUACCUACCUGCGACUGAUGACCAUUGUCCUCUUGCAUGUUUGUUUUUUUUUGAUCUGUUUUUUACCUUUUUGGUUUUGUUUUAUUUUCCUUUGUGUGGGGACCACCAGCUGGUUAUACAGGAAAUGCUGGGGAGCAAGAACUGAAGUUGUUAAUGUAAAUGAGCUUUUUUAAAAAAAAAAGUGACCGUUUUCUUUCCUAUAUUCUUUCUUUCUUUCUUUCUUUAUUUAACAAAGAAAACAAAACGAGGUUUCUCAGUGCAGCUUAAACCUCUCAAAUCCCCAAUCAGGUGGUGGCACCAGUUUUUGAUGUGAUGUUUGCACUAGAACUAUUUCAUGUUUGUAUAAAAUGUUGCUGAAAGUAUUUUGGUUCUUAGAAAUGCAUAGAACAUUUUUUCCUAUUUACACCACAGUUGUUUAACUGUCAUGAUUGCAGAUUGAUAUUGUUUUUUUAAACUUGAACCUGCUGAAAAUUGAUAUGACUGGGCAACUUUUAAUUGUCUUUGUGAUAAUAAAUAGUGGCUGUGUAGUUUGUCAGUACCACAGUAGUAAAGUGCUCACUGGCCUUUUCCUGGAGGGACUCGGCUAACUCAAUGUGUCUUCAUGGUGUGAUAUCAACUUAACCUGUAAAAGAACAAUCCUUCUGGUCCCCAGAAUACCCUGUGAUGAACGUUUAUGGACAAUGAUGGUUAGAGUGGCUUCAUAGAUAAGUAAUCUAUCCACUACGUGUAAAUGCCAUCUCUGGAGUUCAUUGCUUUGGUAAAAGCCCAAGUCUUUUUUUUCCAAAGGUGUCUCCAUACACCCUCGAUAUUUUUGUGUUGUAAACAAGCAUUGCAUGAACCAAGAGAGACUAGGCUUUGGAGCUGCUGUUACUUGAUCACUUUGGAGAGACUCCUGUAGACGAUACACCAGUGUGGAUGUUCAUUGAAGAGAGAAUUUGCCUUCUACGUGAUGAUUGUGAAUGCAUGUGCACAGAUGUCAACAGCUUGUCUAAUCCUUUCACUCAAAAGAAUCAUUUGACAAACUUACUGGAGAGAGGCAACUGAUAUUCUGUGCAGCUUUAUUCAGGGCUGAGUCAGGAGCCUUUUGAGGAGAAGGGAAAAGUACCUUGUAUGAUAGCUAGACUAUAUUUAAUUAUCCACUUCGGGUAACCUAGCGGUAGUCAGUAUCUUGUAAAAUUAUCCAUUGGGCAAGCACCUUUUGGGUUGUUAAAAUACAUCUUUAAUUAUGCAUUUGGCUGGUUCCUUUGACAUUUUUGGAAGCAAGGUACUUCAUUACCAAGUUUUUUGUUUUUUUUGUUCUUACCCACUUAGAAAGCUGUAAUGAAUCUUGCUACUCCAUUCCCCUCCCUGAACACACUUACGCUAUUAGCAUGCCAUUAGCUAAGAGUAUUGAGAUGCUAUGGGUGGCCAAUAAUUGGGCAAAAUGAAAAUCUGACAGAAAAGCAGCUGGUUUUCCAAUGAUUAUCCUUUUUUAAAAGAAGGAUGUGCCUAAGAGGGAAAAGGGACUGAAACCCUUGAUAAGUGGUUUGCUUACUGUGAGUUACCUUGUCUUUUGUAUAUGUAAAAGCUGUCUGCUUUACAUUUGUGUGAUAUACCAUCUUAUGUUUGGCACAGCCUUUCUGAAACAAUCCUGGUACUGUCAAGUUUUGUACUGGGUUAGGUCAUAGCAGUCAUUCAUGUAUGUAUCAUCUAUCUGAGUCAGGUUUAAAGCUAAUUCACAAACAAGAGAUUUUCAUUUAAGGCUGUGACUCGAACAGUUCAUGCUGAAAAACAGGAUAUUUAAAAUCCAGUUAGUAAUCCGUUAUGGAGUCAUUUGUAUCAAGACCUUGUAUCAAAUUUCAACAACUGGAAUAUAAAUUGAAUGCUUUAAGACUCCACCCAGGCCUCUGUGCUCGUUAAAGAUCUUUUCCUUAACUCAAUUUAAUUCAAUGAUUGUGUCCCCUUUAAGAAAGUAAAAACAAGUAGCUGAUGUAAAAUGCUGAGUGAAAUUUAAAUGCUGUACAUUUUUUAAAAUGUCUGAUUUGGAAUGAAACGGGUCAGGGCUUAAUACAAACGAUUGUUUAUUUGAGUUUUAAAUUAGUGUUUUUAUAUAUCUAUCAGCUUUCUGAAAGCUGGUCCUUCAGAGAAACAUUCUAAACAUCAGUACAGUCUAUAUCAAAAGUGCUUAUGUGGGGAAUCACGUGACUGUAAUUUCUGUACUUGACUGUCAAUUGUCUUGUAUAUAUUUAAUGUGUAAAUGGGAGGAGCAAACACAAGUUAAAGUUUCAUUAUUUUGAGUGUUUUGAGGUUUCCCAUUUUAAAUUGCUCUUUUUCCUUUGGAGCAGUAUGAGAGUGUGAUUUGUGUUCCACUUCCAAAUGGGCCAUUAUGUUAUAUAAGUACUUUUGCAAGGUUUCAGAAAAUUCAAUGUCUAAAAAGCACUUAAGUCAGUCCUGAUGGUCUCAUGGAUAAAAGUACUGCUGGUGUGGUACUGAGCUGCAGUCAUCACAAACAAGAUUUGUUUCCUAAACCUUGCUAAUUAUUGAUUUAGGGUGAUGGCCAAGUAACCACAUUUUGGGUUAACAAGUGAAAAAGGACAAAAAAACCUCCCCAUGAACCAUGGUUCAUGCUCUUGAUUACUAUCCAGUGAUCUUUUGGGAGGCCUGUUGUUGGAUGUUGGGCAAGAGCAGUACCCUCACCAACAAUACGUCCAGCUCUCCCCUUCAAGGCGCUCCUAGAGAAUAACUGUUUUGGGUGAGUGUGUGUGUGUUGCUAGCAGCCCCCAUGGCACCAGUAUCAGCUGAAGAAAUGGGGUGAGAGUGCGUCAUAAGAAGGUUCACAAAUACCCCAAAAAGUACAGAAAGAACAUUCUGUAGUAUCCAUUAUGCCAUCUCUUGGCAUCAAGUACUCCAUCUACUGGUAAGUCAUUGUAAUGGCUUUGGGUUUCCAGAAGCCCUUUUUUACCUCUCUAGUUUUCACCUCUGUUUACAGUAGACAUCCUUCUAUUGUGUUGAAUGCACUAUCUCUAUAUUCCUAAUGAAUGUGUGCAACCAGUGAUCCCAACAAUGGGCACUGCCGCCUCCAAUGGACCUGUUGGUGGAGGUGGAGUUUCUCUUUUCUGUAGUGACAUGGCUUUUGACAGUGAGCCUUAUUUAAAUGACAUUUCUCCUUUCUACAUAUCAUUGAACUGGCUCUGUUAUCUCAGGCAAUUUCCUGCUCCUCAGGGUCCCAAAAUGUAACUGUUUGAUUGUACAGGUAGGAAGGUGAUCUUGGAGGAAAUCUGUGUGAAGAAACUUAUUGACCAUUUUUAGCCAUGGGUGGUGAAGAAGCGUCUACUUAGAAAAGCAAAUGUCAUAUAAACAUGCUCUUUCAGAUGUGACCCACUUCCUUUUCUUAAGGGUACCCUGGUAUCAGCAAUGAGAUACAGUCAAUGACAAGAGGCUGUGUUGCCAAAGAUUUUGAGGGUUCAUAAAUAUAGCCUUCGUUCCAUCCAUAAUUCCAUCAACAUCAGGAUCAUGCCUGAAUAUUUCUAUUCAUUUUAAUGAUUUUCCCCUUCUCACUUCUGCCAGCAGAGUGCGAUUAUCUUUGGGCUGAUUUGAAAACACCAUUGCUCAAUAUUGAUGACUUAUUUUGAUGUCUUUUGGCUAUUGAAUAUUUGUAUAACAACAUCAGGCAUAAUUAAAACUCAGUUAUUUAUCAUUCAUGCAUUUGAAUUGCUCAUGGCUGUUUUCUUGAUUUUAUUUUAAGCCUGCAUUAUGACAGCCAAAUAUGUAAAAUAAAUGUUUCUGUGGAAUUUUAGAGUGUGAACCAUAUCCGCCUCACAGAUUUAUAUAAAUAAAAAACAGUUUCUUGGCACAAUCAA